GAGAGCCAUGUGGGAGGAUAAUCUGAGGAUGAUCCAGGACCACAACAGCCAGGCUGAGCAGGGAAAACACACCUACAAACUCGGGAUGAAUCACUUUGGUGACCUGACCCAUGAAGAGAUUAACCAGAGGCUGAAAUGUUUCCUUCCUGACUCGGAUCGGGCAGCUCUCAAGAACGCCGUCCCCUUCCAACCCUCCGAAGACCUGCAGGUUCCCCCCGGGCUGGACUGGCGAGCCAAAGGGGCCGUGACUGAGGUCAAAGAUCAGGGCGAGUGUGGCUCCUGCUGGGCCUUCAGUGUCACCGGCGCUCUGGAAGGCAUGCAUUUCAAGAAGACGGAGAAGCUGGUCUCGCUGAGCGAACAAAAUCUUAUCGACUGCUCUAAGGACCAGGGGACUGAAGGUUGCGAGGGUGGAUUUAUGUCAGACGCUUUUACAUAUGUGCAGAAGGAAGGAGGGAUCAAUUCAGAGGAAAGCUACCCAUAUGAUGGACAG